AUGGGAAGAACCGUCAUCAUCGAGGAGUGUGUCGAAAAUUAUAUAUCCUCUCUUUAUGGAAUCCAUAAAUGGCAAAUCGGCCUAAUAAUCGGACAGGUAAAAUUAAAAUGUGUGCCCCUCACUUGUGCUAAAAUAUUUUCUUUUCGGUACGGUGUAAGUUUUAUUUAAGCGUCCGUUCCUUUUUCAGCUUUCUCCUCAAAGAGACUAUGUCCUUCAUUUGGCUAGGACUCCAGAGCAGACAGGAGAUUCAGGUAUACAAUUAAUAUCUGUGAUCGCCAAUUUCUCUUGUAUUGGGCUUGAAAACUCACAAAAUAUAAUCUUAAGCUUUAUUCAUUUUACACUACAACGAUACUGAAGAAGAUUACAAUGUGUAUUGAAGGAACAUCCUGAAGAGGAGAAGAAUUGCAGUGCAUUGUAAACUGUGGAUGACUUCUUAUUGUCUUUCUUCUCCAUUUGCCUUUUACAUUACUUUGAUAUAUAAAACUACGAAUUACAGACGGAGAUUGUAAGCCAGCCGCCAUAGAUGACAUUGAAAACAACUGGAUCGUAGAGCACGCUCAUCAGGUAAAUUUUAAAAUAAUUUUUGUUAUUUAUUGAUUAAAUUUUCUCAACUUUCUUUACACUCCAUAUCCCUCUUUCAUUUUCCAUUCCUCCCCUUCCCCCCACCCUCCCUCCCACCCUACAGUUCUGAAAUAAAAUGCCAGAGAUAAUCCCUCAAAAGUUUUUAAAAAUAAACAACAUGUUUGGUUUAUUUUGAUAGGUAUCAAGAAUGUUGACUGGAGGCCUAGAUGUGAUUGGAGUUUUUGCUUUUGGCCCUAUGGACAUGCUUACCAAAUCUCAGGCAAAGCUUCGUCAACUUGUGUUCUCCAUUCAGAAGACUGUGCAACACAAGGCAGCAUCAUAUUUUGAUGACCUCAUUCACAGCAGAAUCUUGCUCCAAAUUUGUUCAGGAACCAAAAAGUAUCCUAUAGUAAAUAAAAAUCAAUUACCCUGAUUAAUUUGUAUGGAGAUCUUAAUUCACUAUUUCCCACCUGCACUUUAAAAUUUUUCAUCUACUAAUUCUAAUUGUGUAAUAUUUCUUUUUGAUUUUCAUUCUUUCUGCCAUCUCUUUCGUGAGAGACAUUGUUGUUCCACCUGAUAGUUUGUUCCUAGGAUAUUGACUCUGAUUCUAUUAUAUGUUCAUUGGAAAAGAACUUUACUUCCAUAAGGAGUCUAAAGGGGUCCUAGUGAAUGUUUACAGAAAUCUGAUGUAAAUGCUGAGAUGACUUGUUCACUUGAGGAUAACAAUAUGCCUGGCCCCCAGUAUCUUUCAUGUGCCCUCUGUUUUGCUCUUUUCUGCUAACCUUGAGCCUAAUGCAGGCUAUAUUCUAGGUCACUAAAAGAACUCUAAAUAGUCUCUGGUAUCUGUAAUAUUUGGUUUCUUAUGGAGACCUACUUUUUUUGCUGUCCAUCUCAUUUGGUAUAUAUAAGUCCUUUCCUUGACACAUGUACUUUUAGAAUCACUUGUAGGACAAUUGAUGUUUCUGAUCAAAGGGUAAGAGACAACAAUUCAUAUCAAUUCCAAUAUGAUUUCUUUAAUCUUUACAUCUUACUGUUCCAAAUUAGCAUGGUCUUUGUAGUUGUUUCUGUCUUCUUAAAGAUAUCAGCUGUCUCAUUUAUCAUGUUGCAGGCCACACCAAAUCCAGCUGAAGUGAAAUAUCAGUCAUUCUCUUCAAAGUGGAGUAAACUAGAAGCAUCCUUGUCAUUAACUGAUGGAUGCUUUGAUGUUCCAAGGAAACUUGAGACUUCAGGUCUAAACAAGCAAAUAAUGGUAUGAAAUCAAUGGGCUAGGCAGACCCAUAUGACAGCCCUUUCUGUUAAAGCAUUGAAACAACUUAAUCUAGAAUUAAUGGUAGAAGCAACAAGCAUUUAUUCCAACUCACUCAUCUGGCUUCCAUCCAAUCACCUUCUCCCCAUUCAGGGUUGAUUGAUGCAGUAAAUCAUAGCUGAUUUGGAAGGGAAAUAGAUACGGCUACCUUCAAAGGCUCAGUUUUUGAUUUGAUCUUUUCCAAUCUAAGCUUUUCUUGUGAUUUUGUCUUUAGAGCAGCAUUCAUAAGACAUUACAGAGUAUAUCAAGUGCCUUGUGCACAGUGAACGGAGAGCUUUAUGCUGAUGAUCAGACUCUUGUAUCAAGUGAAAAGUCUGGAAGAUCCAGUCAAGCUAGUUCUACACAGACAUUUAAAAUUGACCUAUUUACAGAAGAGGUACCAAUUAGUGUUGAGCUAACACAGUUAUAUCAGUUCUAAGCAUGAGAUUAAAUAAGUAUGUACAUGUUGUAGCCAAAAUUUAUGAGGAUGCAGUUAUAUGGAAUGCAAUUAUUAUUCAGCUUUGUCCCAUUUUAAUGGCAAAAAAAAUCUAGGUAGAAAUGCUUUUUUAGAAUGCGACGCUUCAUGUAUGUUGGCCUGCAUUUAGAUUAUCUUCCAUGGCUCUUUCUCUUGUGACUCCUGGUCUGCUAUUUCCAGGUCAAAGUGGAAAGCGAAGUGUUAGUUUUUGUCAGAAAGGGUUGAGGUAGGUGGGCUGGAGAACUUGGUGUAAGAUAAGUUAUCAACCAAAAAUUAAAUCCACCUUUACCAUACAUCAGGUGAGGAAACUGCAUUUUGAGCACAAAGGUGUGAAGUACCAGUAAGGGUUCUCACCAGUGGGCCAAAGGCCUUUACCCAAAUCAACUGCAAGUUGUUGCUUUUUUUUUUUACCUCUCUUUCCAGUCCUGCAACAAUAUGGAACCUGUGGACGUAGACACAGCAGCCUCUAUAAGGAUCAGUGGCUCAAUGUGUUGUCAAGCUUAUGUGCAUCAGAAAGCCACAGCAGGGGAGGCAGCACAGGUACAUUGGUAGAGUUUAGGGCUAGGGCUAGACCUAUGGGAUUCUACUUGUCUACUUGUUGUACAGCAAAAUUCUUGCAAUGACAGGUUUGCAUGCUACAUUUCAAUAUGAAUUAUCUGAAAUCUACUUGUCUUAAAAUAUUUUGUUGGCUUAUUUAGGCUGUGGGCAAAGAAAAAUUUCUUUGCUUUUUGAACCAUCUUGUAUGUUGACAUAUAUUUUACACGGGCUAUGAGUAAAUGUUUUCCAUCUCAAUCUAAAUCAUAAUAUGGCAUUUGUCAUUGAAAUAGCUGAGUAAGAGUCCAGCUGUGUUGUUGCAAAACGUGGGUGUCAUUAGAAUGGAUUUAUUGAUUAAUUUAUCAAUUGUUAAUGAUAAUAAUUUUUGUUACUUAGAUAACAAUAAUUGAUUUCUCUUAGGUCUUUAGGCUUUUGGGAGCUUUAUCAUCCUCGUAGAGCAUAUUCGGUUUUGAAGAAAUAUCUUUGUAGCAAUUGAAUUUGGUUUAUUUGUGUUCCUUUUUCUUUGUUUGUGUGCAUAUUCUAGGCUAUAAAGUACGAUGCCAUUCGUUGUUUCCUGUCACGUUGUGAAGUUUUAUGUGAAGAUGUUAUGGAAAACCAAGAGGAGAAGCCAAACAGAGGUAAUUUAGGGUGCUGUACCUUCGGUAAAGCGAUAAAAGUUCGUUUUUCCCUUAAAUACACCAUACCUUACUCUUAAUCUCACCGACCAAACCAAAGCUGAAUUUUGGAAAUUACUCUUUUCAAAAAUAACAGAAGUUAAAAAUAGUGUCAUUCACGACCAGGGGAAAAAGAAAAAAUCUGAUUUCCGACAAGGAAUUCAACCCCGGAUUUUGCGCUUCCAAGCUCCACCACAGAGAUACAAAGGACUCCGUGGUGAGCCGUACAGGUGUAAGUCAAUGGUAGGCUCGUAUUUGACACUCGUCCUACCUAUUUCUAGGAUGUACACAGUCGAAAACGUCACGUACGUUAAUUAAUAACAAGAAGGAGUGUAAUUUUUUCACCAUUUACCAUCUUUCAUAUUCUAUGGCAGAAAUUUCACUCUUCUGUUUGGUAGGAUGACUUAGGCUUCCGUUUUUUAUUGUUAUAGAAUUUUUUAAUUUGUAGAAAUUUCAUGUAAGAUGUAACAAUGCGAUGUGUGCUGUUUAUUGAGUGGCUAAAUUCUCCAUUUUUUCCUUCAUUUUCUCUCUCAGAAACAUUCUUUUCAACGUGGACAUCUCCUCAAAGAGUGUUUGUCCCUCUUGGCUCAGGACCCGUGAAAGUCUGUGAUUAUGUGUUUAAGGACGAAACAUUGAAGGUAAUUGCUUUUCGAACCUAUUAAUUGAUGAACUUUUUGUUUGCUAAUAUACAAAUGGCCCUAACUUGGACAAUACUGACUUCAAGAUUUCCGAGUCUAACUGGGCCACGGUCUGGAAGAGAUCUGACCUUUAUUCUCUACUCAGGGAAUGUCAAAAUUGUUAAAGGAAAAAGGAAAACCAUCAGCGUUGUUUUUCUCCAUUUUUUCCCCAACCUUUGCUCUUAUGCCAAGAGUUAACGCUACUGUUUUCGGGCCUCGCCAACCCCUAUUAGCGUUAAUGAUAAAUAUUCUUUGAAAUCACAUGUCGAAUUACUUUGUUUUUAAACAGGAAUCCAAAGAGAGGAUAGCAGAGCUCUUAGGUAUUGAACCCAAAGAAGAAGAUUUUGAGUGUAUAGAAGAUUUUCCAGGUAAAUUACAUAUACUAUAGGUAAGAAACAAAAGAGCAAAGAGAGCAUUCGUAUGAUACGAAUGCUCUCUUCGCUCUCUUGUUUCUUCUGCACCUUCUUCUUUCUUCACCUGUACAGCUCACCACAGAGUCCUUUGUAUCUCUGUGGUGGAGCUUGGAAGCGCAAAAUCCGGGGUUGAAUUCCUUGUCGGAGAUCAGACUUUUUCUUUUUCCCAUGCUCGUGGUUAAACGAAUGACACUAUUUUUAACUUCUGCAAUUUUUGAAAAGUAAUUUCCAAAUUUGAUCUAUGGUUUGGUCGGUGAGAUUACGAGUGAGGUAUGGAGACUGCAACUCGAAAUUUUCUAUGAAAAAAAAAAAAAGGUUGCAGAUGGGAGUGAUGGCAAAGAAUAGUUAGUGGUUUUCGUGCUCUCGUGAGAUUUUAUGUUACUAGUUUUAUUGUGAACUUAACAGAUGUCCAGACAGUGAGAAGUUUGGUUGAAGAAAUGGAAACUGAGAGCAACGAAGAAAUUACAGAAAGCGAGGAAGUUCAACAAGGACUCGGAAAACGCGUAAUAGGUAAGUACUGGCACCAUAUAACAGUCUGGUUAGUAUCUUGAAGGCAAACGACGAGACUAAGAGAGACAAGACCAAAUACGUUUAGUCGACAACUUCAUCCCUCACAGAUUUCAUAUAGGAGACGGUACGCAGUAAACGAUCUCUUGGUAUCCUUGAGCCUAGAAAAGUUUAUCUUGUUCCCUCGGACAGGUUGCCCUGCGUUUAUUAAAGCAAUGAAGCUUAGCACUUUCUUUUUGUACACUCGGAAAUGUCGAAUGUUAGCACGUUUCUGUUAUUCAGUGACCCUAAGAGUACGAAAGACAUUAUUUCAGCUUAAGAAUCAGUUAGAUGCACAUUGCACGCGUACAAAUUAAAACAACAACAACAAACCCUUUUUUCAACAGGUGCAGUGGUCGGAAUUGUUGUUGCGGUCGUGGCUGCUGGAGUAACUUUCCUUUUGGGUGAACAAACAGGAUGAAAUACAACCCAAAAUAAUGUUCACUAAUUGUAUUUCGAAUUACAUUAAAUUAUUAUUAAGCUCUUC